GUAAUGCACGCCGAGCACCUUCGAUGUACUAUGGACGCCGCAGCCGGCCCAUUCUGCCUUUCCUUCGUAAAUGGGAGAUGGAAAAGUCCCAAAAGGAGUUUACACGACUGCCUUCGGAAGCAGCAAAGGUCGCUCAUCUUCUGUAGUUUCUAGAUCAACCUAUACAGAUCAAGCUGGUGGCCGCACUGGACACUGAGUCAGCAGUAACUGAGGUAGAGCGCUGGCUCAUCGCGCAUUAUGGAAGUGCGGCAUAUAUCACAAAGCUCGAGCAUAAAACGGAGCUCCUGGAAGAGGCGCGGAAACUUAACUACGUCCUCACCGACCGAUGCUAGCUUCAAGCUCAUAUUCCUGUCGGACCUAGCCAACCCACACAUUUCUACUCCAGUACGACGUGACCGUGGAGGCGACAUGCUAGUCCAGGCGGCCGAUGGCAAGACCGUAAACGAGUCCUUUCAACUGGAGGAGGCACCAGCCUUGCCACAAGUGAUGUUGGACCCACGGCUUACGGCCAUGCUGUACCAAAAUCAUACUCCCAGACAACCGGCAGCGGUCAAGUGCUGGGAAGCGUGCAACGACAACUACAGACAGGGCAGAUUCUGUGUUCAAGCGACUUCGCCGUUGGGAUGUUGUGGUCAGCACGCGUAUAGGCGAUGGGAUGUUUAUUCACCCAUUAUGAUGACCGCCCGCAAGCACCACAGCAUCGGCUAAUAUACCACAACCAGUGGUUGGUAGGG